AUGAAGAAAGUAAGGAGCUACUUCCUGUUUCUGUUGAUGUUGACGCUGUACGUCGUCUGGUCGUCGUAUGUCCUGUACACAGGAAGUCAAGGUCGUGACAAACUUUCUACAGAACAAACGUUAGUGUACAAAAGCCCACGGCGUGUGGAGAAACGCCAUAUUGCUUUCGUGAAAGUACACAAAGCCGCCAGCACAACCGUCCAGAAUAUCUUCUUGAGGUUCGCCAUGCAGCGAGACCUCCUAGUCGUCAUGCCUUACGUCCCCAAGUUUUUCUAUCCGAAUAUAAUAAGUAUCCACAGUACAGUGACAAGCAGGAACAUACUUCCGGCGCCCAGGAACAGGUCGUACGAUAUUCUCUGUUGUCAUGUGAUCUACAACAGGACAGCGUUCGAACUGAUCAUGCCCAGGGACACUGUCUACAUUGGAAUCGUAAGAGACCCGUUUGAACACUUUAAAUCGGUACUUAAUUAUUUCAGACCAAAACAAGUUUUUGAAAUCGAUGACCCGUUUCCAGUUUCCAGAUUCUUGGAGAAUCCGAAAUUUUAUAACAAUGGAACAUCACUUAGUUUCCUUGACAACAGAAUGGCAGUCGAAUACAAUUUUCCGUCACAUGUGUUCCAAACUAGAAACAAAACAGAAAUUCAGCAAUAUAUUCUGAAAUUAGAUACGGAGUUCGAGCUAGUCAUUGUCGUAGAACUUUUUGAUGAAUCAAUUAUUCUUAUGAGAAGGCUGUUGAAUUGGAAAAUUAAAGAUGUUUUAUAUAUGAAGCAAAACGUGAAAAGAAAAGGCAGAGGAGAGUUUUUCUUCAACCCAGGCGACGCCUAUCGACACAAAGUUUGGGACGAGAUUGAUUACGCACUCUAUGAUCAUUUCUAUAAGAAAAUACAAGCUCAGUUACGUGAACAAGGCCCAGAUAUAUAUGAGGAAGUGCUUUAUUUUAGACGUCUGAGACGUGACAUGGAAUUCUUUUGUCAACAAAAUCCAGAAAGUGAUGAUACGUUUGAAGUUGUGAUAUCAAGAUGGAGUAAUGCUUUUAUUGUUACUGGGAAGGAUUGCCAUUAUAUGACCAUACCGGAAAUAUCUUAUAUAAAAGAACUUCGGCUGAAACAGUACGGCUAUUUCAGGGAUUUCCCGCCGGGGAAGGGACUUGGCACGGCUCUUCACCCAAAUGUGAUAAAGUUUUUAAACAGUUACACAUCCACCAAACAAGAUGAAUUAGCGACGAAUUGA